AUGGACUUUGGCGACGGGGGAGCGCGCCUCACCCCCCUUGAGGAGUUUACGCGAUUGGACGAUGCUGUGAUCGCUGGAAUCGGCACCGGGACGGCGUGCCCGAUUGGCACGUUUGAGUUGACGAGGGAUGGAACUACGCAGCUCCGCCCGAAUCUGGCCUAUAUAAGGCUCCGUGGUGGGCCUUGGAGCUCUUCAGAAACACUACCACUCCCAUACUCAUUUCAAACACUUAUCACUAUGAUUGCUAACGUCGAGAUUGUUAACUACUGCGGCACUGCAAGUGCGGCGCAUCCUGCUCCUGCGAAAGCUGCCCCGUCCACAAGAACUGAGCCACCUCGAAACCAUGAUUUUUUGCGCUAUGAUAAGGCGAAAUGGUAUCAACGUGUGCCCUUUGCUGGCAGCAACCCACCCGCCCCUCUAGUCUCGAUUGACGAUGCGCCUCUGACUCCAGAGGCAAACGCAAACUGGUUCUCCCAUCUCUUCUUCCAAUGGAUCACUCCUACACUGUCAUUGGGAUACGCUCGACCUCUCGAGGCCCCGGACCUGUGGAAACUUCAGGAUUCCCGUUCCGCUGAAGUCAUGUCCAACCUCAUUCUCCAAAGUUUCGAGCGACGAAAGGCAGAGGCCGAUGCAUAUAACGAACGCUUAAAGAGCGGCCAGAUCGGCCCCGGCUUGCGUGGAGUUUGGUGGUCACUUAGGGGCGUAAGGGCAAAGAGGGAGCAGCAAUGGCGCGAGAAAGAUGGUCUCAAGAAGCCUAGUCUAAUGCUGGCUAUGAACGACUCGGUCAAAUGGUGGUUCUGGACUGGAGGAUUGUGCGUCCUGAUAUCGAACGUGGCACAAAUAUGCAGUCCUCUACUCGUAAAGGCUAUCAUUCAAUUCGGCCAAGAAUCGUAUGCUAAGCAUCGUGUGGGUGUCCCCGCUCCACCCAUCGGGAAAGGAGUGGGCCUAGCGAUAGGAUUUGCCUCGACUGGGGUCCUGCUUCGCACUGGUCUUAUUACAGCCAUCUACUCCCGUGCAACCCAGCUUACAUCCCGUGCUCGCUCAACUCUCACAAACGGCAAACUUGUCAACCAUAUUUCGACAGAUGUCUCUCGCAUCGACUUUGCCACUUCUUUCGCUCACAUGGCCUGGACUGCCCCCAUUCAGAUGAUCAUCUGCCUGAUCAUUCUGCUUGUGAACUUGGGAUGGAGCGCCCUUACUGGUUUCGCAUUCUUUGUCUUGAUCACCCCUCUCCAGACCAUGGUCAUGAAGCGCUUGUUUUCUAUGCGCAAGAAGAGCAUGAUUUGGACGGAUAAACGAGCCAAGCUACUUCAGGAACUUCUUGGCGGUAUGAGGAUUCUCAAGUUCUUUGCAUGGGAAAAUCCCUAUCUCGAGAGAGUCUCCGGCUUCCGUAACAACGAGCUCAAGUACAUUCGAUCUUUGCUACUCGUCCGCUCCGCAAACAACGCUGUAGCCUUUUCGCUCCCCGUGCUCGCCUCGGUCAUCUCGUUCGUCUCGUACUCACUCUCGGGCCAUUCUCUCGAUCCAGCGGUUAUCUUUGCAUCGCUUACCCUGUUCCAAAUGUUGCGCAUGCCGCUCAUGUUCUUCCCGGUUGCCCUCUCGAGUAUUGCGGAUGCGUGGAACGCGACCGGUCGUUUGGAGGGCGUCUUUAUCGCCGAGGUCCUAUCCCAAACCCGCAUUAUCGACCCGUCUAUUCCCGUCGCGCUCGAAGUCAAGGACGCCGAGUUUUCCUGGGACGGAGCCCCUCCAGAGGACGUUGUGUCCAAAGGCAAGGGGAAGAAAGGCAAAGGAAAGUCCUCGAAAUCUACCGCCGAGGUCGCCGAGAAAUCUGCGCGUGGACCCGGGGAGAAGGAAGCUACGGUUCAAGACGCGGGCGCUGCUGCUGCUGUUGCUACUGGAACCACGGGCGAUGAACCUGCAAAGGAGGUAGUUUUCAAGUUGAAGGACAUUAAUUUGUCCCUUCCUCGUGGACAGCUCUGUGCGAUCGUUGGUCCCGUCGGAUCAGGAAAGAGUUCGUUGUUGCAAGGUCUGAUUGGAGAAAUGCGAAGGGAAAGGGGAAGUGUUACGUUUGGAGGUUCCGUCGGGUACUGUCCUCAGACCGCCUGGAUACAAAGCGCUACUGUGCGAGACAACAUUACCUUCGGGCGUGAAUUUGACGAGGCACGAUACUGGGAAGCCGUUCGAGUCGCUUGCCUCCAGUCCGAUCUUGACAUGCUUCCGUCCGGAGACUUGACCGAAGUCGGCGAGAAGGGUAUUUCGCUCUCUGGUGGACAAAAGCAACGCAUAAACAUUGCUCGAGCUGUGUAUUAUGGUGCCGAUACGACCCUCUCGGCACUGGACGCACACGUCGGUAAAGCUGUAUUCCAGAACGUAAUCCAGGGCGCGCUUGCCGGUCGUACUCGCAUUCUCGUCACGCAUGCUCUUCACUUUAUCCCUCAGUGCGACUAUAUUAUCACCCUCGAGGACGGACGCAUCGCGGAGCGUGGUACCUAUGAGGAACUGAUGGCCAAGGACGGUGCAUUCGCGCGCUUCCAGAGACAGUUUGGCUCCAAGGACGAGGAAGAGGAAGAGGAAAAGCGUGAAGAGGAGGUCGAGGCUAUUGAGUCUUCCGAGAAGAAGCCCAAGAAGGAACAAGCACCAGCCAAGCAGCUCAUGCAAGCCGAAGAACGCAACACGGGUGCCAUUAGUGGUUCUGCAUACCUCUAUUUCAAGGCUGCCAACGGAAAGGUCUUGGUACCGCUUUUGAUUCUGGCCAUUCUCUUGACUCAAGGUGCUACCGUGAUGUCUGCAUACUGGCUUGUUUACUGGCAAGAAAUGAAAUGGCCAUAUCCUCAAGGAUUUUACAUGGGCAUAUACGCUGGCUUGGGUGCAGCACAAGCAAUUUCGAUAUUCGCUAUGGGUGCAUUGUUCGCGUUGAUGUCCUUCUAUGCGUCUGUGUCCUUGCACAGAGGCGCGAUGAAACGGCUUAUGCAUGCUCCGAUGUCCUUCUUCGAUACUACACCUUUGGGUCGCAUUAUGAACCGUCUUACUAAAGACAUCGACACUAUUGAUAAUACUCUGGGCGAUGCUCUGCCUAUCCUGCUCCCGUGGUUCCUUAUCCCAGUUGUUUCCAUCUUGUUCAUCUACUGGGCAGCUUUGUUCUACCGCUCGAGUGCACGUGAACUCAACGUCUGUAGCCUUUACGGCCACUUCUCCGAAAGUUGUCCGGCCUCGCCAUAUCCGGCGUACGACGAAGUGGGUCGAUUCCGAGAAGAGAACAGGAGGCGUAUGGACAUUGAGAAUCGAGCAUAUUGGUUGACCGUCACUAAUCAACGGAUGGCUCGGCAUUCGACUCGACUUUUUGGGUACUAUCCUUACUUUCUGCGUCGCUAUCCUGGCAGUUGCUGCCCGGUUCAGCCUAUCCCCUCGCAGAUUGGUGUGGCUCUAUCCUAUAUUUGUUGGUUCGCAGAGUUCGGUGGAUGGUUCCACGUCGAACAGGAGGCCCCAUAUGAGAUUCCGGACAAGGAACCGCCUGCAAGUUGGCCUGAGAGUGGUGCAGUCGAGCUCAAGGAUGUCGGAGGUGAGAAGAUCGGUAUUGUCGGGCGCACUGGUGUGGAAAGCUCCAUCAUGGUUGCUUUGUACCGGAUGGUUGAACUCACCUCGGGUUCGAUCUCCUUGGAUGGCGUUGAUAUCAGCCAGAUUGGUCUCCAUACUCUUCGCGAUCGAAUUGCGAUCAUCCCACAAGACCCUUACUUUUCAGCGGAACCAUCCGAAGUAAUCUCGAUCCCUUUGGCGUUUACGAUGCUCGUCUGUGGGACGCUCUCAAGCGGGCUUACCUUGUUGAUCGUCCGACAGCCGGCACAAGAGGUCGUCGGAGACGGGGAUAUUCCGAGUGGUGCCCAGACUCCUGUGAAUCGAUUCACACUUGACACUGUUAUUGAAGAGGAGGGAGGACUCCAAGAUCAUUGUGUCGAUGAGGCCACUGCUUCGACACUACUUUGCAUUGCUCACCGCUUGAAGACCAUCAUCGGAUACGACCGUAUCUGCGUUCUCGAUGCCGGGCAAAUCGCCGAAUUUGAUUCGCCGAUGGCAUUGUACAAGCGGACGAUGGUAUCUUCCGCUCGAUGUGCGAACGAUCGUCCAUCACGGCAGAGGAUAUUUUGA